CCGACGUAAAUUCCGCUUUCUAUAAUCCUCUCCUUUCUUAAUUCCAAUUAUCAUUUAAACCUAAAUAUCCGAUAUACCCUAAAUAUCCCCCGAAGAUGGCGGCCGAGCCUCCGAUUGUUCUCGAUGGAGGAACCGGUUUCUUAAAAGUCGGAUAUGCAGGACAGAACUUCCCAGAACAUCAGUUCCCCUCGAUAGUGGGGCGUCCGAUUCUCCGGUCCGAGGAGCAGGCAGGGGACAUCGUUGUCAAGGAUAUCAUGUGUGGCGAUGAGGCUGCUGCGGCGAGAUCGAUGUUGCAGAUUAGCUAUCCUAUGGAAAAUGGAAUUGUGAGGAAUUGGGAUGACAUGCAACAUCUGUGGAAUUAUACGUUUUACGAUAAGAUGAAGAUUGAUCCCACCGGUCGCAAGAUCCUCCUCACUGAACCACCAAUGAAUCCGCUGAAGAACCGGGAACAGAUGUGCGAGGUCAUGUUUGAAGGAUAUAACUUUGGCGGAGUUUAUGUUGCUAUUCAGGCUGUUUUGGCCCUCUACGCGCAAGGUUUAAGCAGUGGUGUCGUAGUCGACUCUGGCGACGGCGUAACACACAUCGUGCCCGUCUACGAAUCCACGGUACUAAACCACCUAACCCGCCGUCUUGACGUCGCCGGGCGAGACGUCACCCGCAAUCUCAUCGCGCUCCUCCUCCGCCGAGGCUACGCCCUGAACCGAACAGCCGAUUUCGAAACAGUCCGGCAAAUCAAGGAGAAGCUUUGCUAUGUUUCUUACGAUCUAGAGCUCGACCAGCAACUGUCCGAAGAUACCACCGUUCUCGUAGAAUCAUAUACCCUCCCCGACGGACGAGUGAUUCGGGUGGGAAGCGAACGAUUCGAGGCCCCAGAAUGCUUAUUCCAGCCACACUUGGUCGAUGUAGAGCAACCGGGAAUCGCCGAAUUUCUCUUCAACACUAUUCAAGCCGCGGAUGUCGAUGUGCGCAGCAGUUUGUACAAAGCUAUCGUCCUCAGUGGUGGAAGCAGCAUGUACCCCGGCUUACCGUCCCGGUUGGAGAAGGAAUUGAAACAACUAUGGUUGACCAGGGUACUAGGUGGAAACCCUGAGAGAUUGAACAAAUUCAAAGUCCGCAUCGAAGAUCCUCCCCGCAGGCGACAUAUGGUCUUCCUUGGUGGAGCUGUGUUGGCUAAUCUUCUCGCAGACAAAGACAACAUGUGGAUAUCCAAGCAGGAAUGGCAAGAACAGGGCCCUCGAAUCCUGUCGAAACUUGGUCCUAGAUAAUGUCUCGAUUAGCAUACCAUACAUGAGCCUGAGCUUACCGAGUUUGAC